AGUUAUCUUUCAUAUGGAAAGGCGCACAAAAGAAUUGCCAACGGUAGUACGCACGGGUCUGUUCGCAAGUUCUGGAGUGGCGGUGGCGUGCGCGCUGCAGCCGCUGGAUGUGGUGAAGAUCCGGCUGCAGACGGGCAUGGGUGGCUACCGGGGGGCGGCGCACUGCGCCUACUCCAUCGUCGCCCACGAGGGCCUCACCGGGCUCUACGCGGGCACCAGCGCCGCCCUGCUGCGGCACGCCAUCCACGCUGUUGGCUGGGUCUCCGCGCACUCCAUCUUCAUCAGCACUCUCACGAACCAGCGGCCGAUCGGCGCCGCGCAGCGCCUGCUGAGCGGCCGGGGCUCGAUGGCCAGUAUGAUGGGCUUCCACCUGCAGGUGAACUGGCCCGACACGCUGCACGAGCACGGCGUGCUCAGGGGCUUCUGCUACGGGGCCAUCGUCGGCGUCGUGGCGGCGAUCAUGUCCAACCCCGCCGAGGUGGCGAUGGUGCGGAUGGCGACGGAUGGAAUGCUGCGAAAAUCGAAGCGCCACCACUACCGCCACGUGAUGGACGCGAUGCGGCGUAUACGGCACGAGGAUGGCCUGCGGGCGCUGUGGUCCGGCUCUCUCCACAGCGUGGUGCGCACCGUGCUCAGCCUCGGUGUCUCCAUGCCCUUCUAUGCCGGCAUGCGCUCCUCACUCAUCGCCUCUGUGACCCGAGAGCGCUAA